AAAAGCAAACAGACGCAAAUCCGCUUCAGAUUCACUUUGGAUUCUCGACAAACUCGGUUUUGUUUCGGCAAACUUCGGCUGCAGGUCAGUUUUUUACGUGAAACCAGCUGUUUGGGCUUCGUGCCGCCGCGCGUAAAAAUGAUCCACGGAAGGACGAACACGGAGCGUCUCCUGUUGCGACACCCGUGAAGUGGGAGGAAUCUCACCAGCCUCAUUCGUUGAGGAAGUUCACUGUCAGUUGGAGCAGCAGGACGCAAAAGAUGAGCAACAUGGAGGCAAACAGCAACAACAGCAUUCAGAUUUCAAAGAAGCGAAAAAUGAGUGGCGACACUUCGACACUUCACCUGGACGGCAUCCCUUUGGACACGCUCAGUGAGGUGGAGAAAUACCUGGAGCCUUUCCGUCUGUCUCUGGAGAAGCUGAAGGAAGUUUCCGUCCGGCUGAAGAAGGAUCUGAUCCGAGGUCUGGGGAAACACUCGCAUCACAGAGCCGCCGUCAAGAUGCUGCCCACCUUCGUCAGGGCCACGCCGGACGGGACGGAAAAAGGCGACUAUCUGGCGUUGGAUCUCGGCGGGACGAACUUCCGAGUUCUUUACGUUCGUGUGGUGGAGGAGCAGCAGAAAGUGGUGAAGAUGGACAGUAAGAUCUGCAGCAUCCCACAGGAGAUGAUGCUGGGAACCGGAGAACAGCUGUUCGACCACAUCGCCCAAUGUCUCGGUGAAUUCCUCGAGUCUCAGGACCUGAAGGGACAAACUCUUCCUCUGGGCUUCACCUUCUCCUUCCCCUGCGAGCAGAAGGAGAUCGACAAGAGCAUCCUGAUCCGCUGGACCAAAGGCUUCAGCUGCUCCGGUGUGGAGGGACAAGACGUGGUGAAGCUUCUGAAAGAGGCCAUUCACAGGAGAGGGGACUACGAUAUCGGCUCGGUUGCCAUGGUGAACGACACGGUGGGCACGAUGAUGAGCUGCGGAUACAGGGACCAGAGCUGUGAGAUCGGCAUGAUCAUCGGGACGGGAACCAACGCCUGCUAUAUGGAGGAGAUCAAGAACGUGAAGCGUGUGGAGGGCGAGGACGGCCGGAUGUGCAUCAACACGGAGUGGGGCGGCUUCGGAGACGACGGCUCCCUUAAAGACAUCCUGACGGAGUUUGACGAGGUGGUGGACCAGACGUCCAUCAACCCUGGUGUCCACACUUUUGAGAAGAUGAUCAGCGGUAUGUAUCUGGGGGAAAUAGUCCGGCUGCUGCUGGUGAAGAUGGCGGAAGACAAACUGCUGUUUAAAGGAGAAACAUCAGAGGCGCUGCUGACUCCAGGACAGUUUGAGACAAAAUACAUCUCUGAGAUCGAGGAGCCAGACAGCGGUCUAGAAAACGCCCAGAAGAUUCUGACGGCGUUGGGUCUGAACUGGGAUCCGGUGGACGCCUGUGUGGUGCGUCUGGUCUGCGACACCAUCUCCUCACGCUCUGCACGUCUCUGUGCUGCUGCCUUGGCAACCAUCUCCAACCGUAUCCGUGUCAACCGUGGGCUGGACCAUCUGAAGACCACCGUAGGGGUGGAUGGGACGGUCUACAGAAAGCACCCCAAUUUCAGUGAGGAGCUCCAGGCAGCGGUGCGCCUCCUCGCCCCUAAGUGUGACAUCACCUUCCUCGUCUCUGAGGACGGCAGUGGGAAGGGCGCUGCCAUGGUAACAGCGGUAGCGCAGCGGAUAGCUCUCCAGUCCCGGCUGUUGGAGGACAGCGACGGCGAGGAUGAGGAGGAUGAGGAUGAGGAUGAGGAGGAUAAAUAGGAGGCAGAACAAAUGGAUUUUUUUUUACCAUCAAACACAAAAGUGUGAAUCUUUAAUCCAGCUGCAGCUUUAACAUUAUGUAAACUAAGGUGGGGGAAGGAUUUAGAUGUUUUAAUACUCAUGACUUUUAAAAUUGUACUUGAAUAAAAGUGUAAUAAUCAGAAUAUAUAGUACCAAAAGUAAAAGUACUCACUAUGCACAACAGCCACUUUUAGAAUCAGCAUUAAUGUGUCAGGUGGAGGUACAUUUUAUUACUUUAUAUGUUACUGUGCAGCUUGUGAAUUUCCACCAGGGGUCAAUAAAGUCUUGUAUAAAAUAUACUUAAAAAGAA